GACUGGCAGGUCGCAGGUAUAUUAUAUUUUUUAUUUCAUAUUUUGUAAACACACAAACAUGGAGUGUGUUUUUCUGCCGACAAAAUUACGAUUAAAUACGUUUUACGAGUGUACGUUUCGCCGACACCAUCAGAUAUUUUGAUUCUGAUUACUGAUGAGUUGAGACGAUUCCGACGCAUUCGUCUUCACGAAGGUUCUUAACCGGCCUCCAAAGUAGGAAAUAUCCAUCAUGUUACCAAACUUCAAUCCGGUCGUACAGACACUACUUGGCACUUUGUUCACAUGGGGCUUAACGGCUAUCGGGUCCAGUUUAAUCCUAGUAUUCAGCGGUACACAAAGAAAGCUACUGGAUGGGAGCUUGGGAUUCUCAAGUGGUGUGAUGAUAGCGGCAUCAUAUUGGUCACUGUUAGCACCAGCAAUUGAACUCGCUGGACAGGACAGCACCUAUGGAAAUGACGGACAGUUUUCAUUUAUACCGGCACUAGUUGGUUUUGUAUUUGGUGCAUUUUUUGUAUACUUAUCAGACUUAAUCAUAUCAUUGUAUGAAAUGGACGUACUUAAUAUUUUAAUACCCGAAGCAAAUCAGUGUUCAAAAAAGAAGUUUAAAUGUGAUUCUAAUACGGAGCGUACUUAUUAUAAAGAUAAUCAACAAUCAAUUGGAAUAACAGAUGAAAUUUCAGAUGCUAGACAACGAUGCUAUAAAUCUACCCAUCCACCACCAGAAUACACUGAAAUAGAAUGUGAUAAUGAUGUGAAAGCAUGUAGUUGGAAACGUAUUCUAUUACUCAUAAUCGCUAUAACUGUGCAUAAUAUUCCUGAAGGCCUUGCUGUUGGCAUAGCGUUUGGAGCUGUUGAUUCAUCGCCAUCUUCUACAUUUAAUAGUGCCAGAAAUUUGGCCAUGGGAAUUGGCAUACAAAAUUUUCCGGAAGGAUUGGCUGUCAGCUUACCCUUGCAAGCAGCCGGAUGUUCGAAAUGGAAAAGCUUUUGGUACGGACAACUCAGCGGCAUGGUGGAGCCGAUCGCCGGACUCGUGGGCAUAUUCGCCGUUUCGUUUAUCAAGCCGCUGUUGCCUUACGCCCUGGCGUUCGCCGCGGGUGCGAUGAUUUACGUGGUCGUCAACGACAUCAUACCGGAGUCAAAUUCCAGUGGCAACGGGAAGCUGGCCAGUUGGUGUUGUAUCGUGGGAUUCGUCGUGAUGAUGUCAUUGGACGUGGGACUCGGUUGACUUCAUUAGAGGACAUUUUUUUGGAAUAGCGAAACAACUCAAAAAGAUUCAUGCCACUGACCUCUCUUAUUGUGGACGAUAAUCGGGAUGAUUAUUUGCCAUGUUCCAAGAAGUGUUUGAGAAAUGUGCCAAAAAUAAUAAUACAAAAACUGUGAAGAACCGUAAGCAAGCUUCAAUUUUUAUCAUGUGUAUUUUGGGGUAUAAACAAUGUCUCACUAUUAGUAAAAAUUUUAAAGGUAAUAAUAUUAAGUUUUAUAUGAUUAUAUAUACCUACUAUGUAUAUUGUAUAAUGUAUAUAGGUAUAGUUUUUAGUUAAUCAUAUAUUAUAUAUUAUAUCAUUGUAUGAUGGUAUUUAAGUCACGUAUGUCCAUUCUUGUAAAAUUGUCAAUUGUAUUUAAUCACCUAUCAAAAUGGCUCAAGCCCGUUAAUUUUUUAUAAAUUAAUAAAUUAAUUAAUUAAAAAUUAAUAAAAAAUUGAAUGAAUAAUAUUAAUUUGUUUUUAAUGUUUUUAUAAUAUUUUUUAACGUGAUAGUUGCGCAUGUGACUAUAUUGGCUACAAAGCUAGUACAAACCAAUUUUGCAAGAAUUAAUAAGUGAACCGAAAUGAAUCGAAAUUAUACUAUAGUAUUUUAAUUUGGACAACAGUCAUAAACAUUAUUAAUUUUGUUUUAUUGCAGAUAAUGCAAAUAAUAUGUAUAUGUUAUGAUAAUAUAAAUUUAAAUCAUCAUAAAUCAAUUAUAAUAAAACACAGCCAAUGCGGUUGGUCUCCCCGAUCGCUCCUCCCUCACUCACAAAUCCAUGCCAUAUCCUAGACCACUGCUGCAGUGGUAGAAUAGAGGUAGGUAAGUAGAAUUGUAAAUUUACAGGUAAAGGCUAUUUCUUUUAAAACGUACAUAUACACAGGCUAUUAAUUUUAACUUAAUACAAAUUACAAUUACAUUUGUAAAUGCGAUUGAUUGUCAUUAUUAUGGGAACCUACAGCAGAAUAUAUUAUAACAUAAGAAUAGGACUAACAUCGAUAAUGUUUAAUUAUUAGUGUUUUAAAUGUAUAAACAAAUAUACCUAAUAUGUACCUUAUG